AUGGGAGAUGCGUUCCAAUAUCCACCAACCGGGGCAGACGACAAGGCCAAUGUACAGAUCUGGCAGACAAAGUUUGUGGGAAGUCCAGAUGUGGACAUGAGUACACCAUCCCUCUGCUCAAUAUGUGGUGACAGAGCGACCGGCAAACACUAUGGUGCAGCAAGCUGUGACGGCUGCAAGGGUUUCUUCCGUCGCAGCGUGCGCAAGAAUCACCAGUACACCUGUCGAUUUAAUCGCAACUGUGUAGUGGACAAGGACAAGAGGAACCAAUGCCGCUAUUGUCGUCUGAAGAAAUGCUUCCGAGCCGGCAUGAAAAAAGAAGCUGUGCAGAAUGAGCGAGAUCGGAUAAGCACAAGGAGGCCAAGCUACGAGGAGAGUCUGAAUACUACAUCGCUAUCAAUCGGUCAGCUCGUCAAUGCAGAAGUAUUAUCACGACAGAUAUCUCCUCAGAUGACCCUGUCCGAUGCAAACCUCACGACGAAGAAGAUUGCCAAUAUGAACGACAUAUGUGAAACGAUGAAGCAACAACUUCUGAUCUUAGUUGAGUGGGCCAAGUACAUCCCUAGCUUCUGUGAGCUUCCACUUGAUGAUCAGGUUGCCCUUCUCAGAGCCCAUGCUGGGGAACAUCUGGUCCUCGGUGCAGCCCAGCGCUCCCUUCCCUUCAAGGACUACCUUAUCAUGGGUCCAGAUACAAUCUUGCCUCGUCACUGCCCGGAUCAGAUGGACAUCAAUCGAGUGGCCAGUCGGGUCCUGGAUGAGUUGGUCAAACCGAUGAGAGACGUCGGACUGGACGAGCAGGAGUUUGCCUGCAUGAAAGCAAUCGUAUUCUUUGAUCCAGACGCCAAAGGUUUGAGUGACUCCAACAAGAUCAAGGCGCUACGCUAUCAGGUGCAGAUCCAUCUAGAAGACUACAUCAACGACCGCCAGUACGAUUCCAGGGGGCGGUUUGGAGAGAUCCUUCUUCUUUUCCCCCCUCUGCAGAGCAUCACUUGGCAGAUGAUUGAGCAGAUACAGUUUGCCAGGCUGUUUGGUGUCGCUAAAGUAGAUAACUUGCUUCAAGAAAUGCUCCUGGGAGGUGCAAGUAAUGACCCAGCCCAGCAGCAGACCCCCGUUGGACCCCACGGCACCCACCUCCCACCGGGUACCGAACACCUUGCUAAUGGUCACACCAGCCACCCGGGCACCCCAAGCUCUCUGACUGCUGCAGUAGCCAGCGCAGCAGCCGCAGUGUCAAGUCCCCACAUGGACAGCUACAAGCUGGGUGUCAAUAGUCCCGGCAGCGCCCAGGUGACACAAGCAGCAGCAGCUGCUGCAGGUCAGCAAGUACAAGGGUCGGUGUCGGUGCCAAUCCAUCUACCUAAGCAGGAGGCCGUGUAG